GUGCGUGUGAGGAGCAGGCGAGCGGGAAGACGCAGCCCACCUUCCUCCUCCCCGAGGCAGCCGCCAGCGGUUUUGUUUCCUUUCUCGGGAGUGCGCCAAUGCCUGGUCCGACCCAAACGCUGUCCCCAAAUGGCGAGAACAACAACGACAUCAUCCAGGAUAACGGGACCAUCAUCCCUUUCCGGAAGCACACAGUGCGCGGGGAGCGUUCCUACAGCUGGGGAAUGGCGGUCAAUGUGUAUUCUACCUCGAUAACCCAAGAGACUAUGAGCAGACAUGACAUCAUUGCCUGGGUUAAUGACAUAGUAUCCUUAAACUACACAAAAGUGGAACAGCUUUGUUCAGGAGCAGCCUACUGCCAGUUCAUGGACAUGCUCUUUCCUGGCUGCAUCAGUCUGAAGAAAGUGAAGUUCCAAGCAAAGUUGGAGCAUGAGUAUAUUCACAAUUUUAAACUUCUGCAAGCAUCUUUUAAGCGAAUGAAUGUCGAUAAGGAGAACUCCAACGUUGCCAAUGUGUGUCAUUUACUCUGGUUGCUUUCAGGUGCGGCUAAAUCAAGUCCAGCAUCAAAACCAGGAUCCACACCUUCUCGUCCCUCGUCAGCCAAAAGGGCUUCAUCCAGCGGCUCAGCAUCCAAAUCUGAUAAAGAUUUAGAAACACAAGUCCUACAGCUUAAUGAACAGGUACAUUCGUUAAAACUGGCCCUGGAAGGAGUGGAGAAGGAAAGGGAUUUCUACUUUGGGAAGUUGAGAGAGAUUGAGCUGCUCUGCCAAGAGCAGGGGCAGGAAAACAAUGACCUCGUGCAGCGACUGAUGGACGUUCUCUACGCUUCAGAUGAGCACGAGGGGCACACAGAGGAGGCGGAAGCAGAAGAGCAAGUCCACGAACAGCAGCCCCCGCAGCAGGAUGAGUACUGAACCGGCCUCGGCAGCUCUUGACACUUCCAUGUUGUGUGGGAACUUUUUUCCUGGAGAUUUGGAACAUGUGUGGCCUCAAGCUCAACAGAAAGCAGUUGUCUCUGAUCUGCCGUUAACACCCACACUGUCGCAUCGGCCAGCCAUGCUCUCCGUUCCCACUCACCUGGCCAAGACGCGCCAGCAGGUGACCGCUCUGGCCGUCCACCUGAGCGCGCGUAGGGUCACAUACCUGCAACUUCACCACGCGGCUGCUUCAGAUUGGUUCUGCUCUCUCCUUCAUUUCUGUCCCAAGCAGCUCUCCCCACCCUCUACCCCACCCUCACCCCCUUUUUAUCCUGGUGUGAAACAAUGGUAAUUUGAUAUAUGGUAUUUAUAUUGGCAUUUCUCAGCCCAGUGUCACUAGAUGUCACAUGCAUUCGUGGUGCUUUGGUGUUUGCAAGUCUAACCUCUGAGCGUAAAUUGGGUCAAAUAAGACAUUGGAACAAAGGGAAACAUGCUCCCAUGAAAGCCAUAAUGACAGUGAUUGGUUUGGGGGCGGGGGCCCAGGGCCAGCUUCUCCCGCUCCUCACGACACCGCAGAGGGAAAAGCAGAACAGAACAAUGGAUUCAAAAUGAGGGCAGUUUGGCCCAGCAGUGUUUAUCCAUCAGGGCAUUAGCCCGCCCCACACAGUAUGUUUGUUUUGAAAGACAUUCACUGAAGGAGAACACCAUCUCAGCUUUGCCCUCCCCCCACCCCAGGUCCCCUGCCCCCUUCUUUCUCAGGGUCCUCUCUGGUGGGCACCCAUUCUCCCCGAGAUGCGCUCAUCAGGGCCUGCAGUCCAAAGGGGGUCGGGAGACACAGGGCCUCCUUCCGUGUCACCCUCGCUCCCACCCCUCCUCCAGAGGGUGUCCGCCCAAAGCCUGGCAUUCACACCAGGCCAUUCCUCCCAAGAACAACUCCGGCGAGUGCAGCCCCAGCUUCCAGGGCUCAGGGGUGCGCUGCACGCUUUCUGGAAGGCUGGCUGGGAAGACCUUGUGAGCAGAAGCCAACUCCCCAGGGGAGGCCUGGUCCUGCAUCUGGUUCUGACACCAGAGUGACAGCACGGAAGACGUGUGACACCCGGUCCUUUCCGGAGCAAGGAAGUUCCCCCUCUUGACGAUCAGGGCCCUUCUCGCCGUCACCCUUUGCCACACAGUGGCAACUCAUAAAUAGGAGAAACAGUAAUGAAUUAAAAAGCAUUCCUUAUUUUUUUAACUAAUGUUUGCACAUUUUCUUCGUCUCUUUCCAAAAUCUUUGCCAUACCCCCCCACCCCCACCCCCUCUAAUGGUAUCCCUUCCUGGACCCUUCAUUUCACCUGGUCUCUAACCUUAAACUGACUUCACUUAUUAGUUGGCUUAGCAGUUGCAACAACAACACAAAAGAAAGAAACAAGUGUGCCCACUCCACGUACCUGAAAAGCUGAAAUAAAUGUCUGAAUUAAGUCUCACAAAGAUUCCAGAUCUCUUUAUUCGUGGACUGAAGUCCAAUUCUACACUCUGGCCAAGCUUUUCACCAAAAGAAAUAUUUUCAAAGUAAAUCAGCUGCUGCACAGUGGUAUCCAUUGAGCUACAUAUGGAAAUGGUCGCUUAUGUUUCUGUGGUCACAACCCACGUUGUGAAUCGGACCAAUGUCGCACGGUGUUUGCUUCCCUCUCUUCCCUGCACAGUAGCGGCGGCUCUUUUCUCUGAGGCUGGAAAGCCAGGCUCUCGGCAGUGACAUCCUCCCCACCUGGCUACAGUGCGGCCUGGCUAUGCUACGUGCGGCCGCCGCCACGCUUCCCCAUGUGUUGUGCGCCUGCGCUGUUGACCCCCAUUCCUCACUCUUGCAAAGAGGCAGAGUAAAGGACUCUGUGCAGUCCACGCUUCGUAGGCACUUAGCUCCUGCCCUGAGCAGAAGCCCACUGCAGGUGGGUACCUCCAGUGACCUCACAGGGAGUCAGGAUCCUGUCUUCUGCAGGAACCACGUGACAUACUGUGCCAUUUGCAGAAAGCCACUCAGAUGAGUUCACUGAGCCACGUCAUUCCUCCCAGGACAUUCUGGCCAGAUAGCCAGCCAAGAGAACUGUCCCCAGUCAAAUUUCAUCCUCUCGCGGCGUUUGGGGAUAGACUGUCCAUUUCCUUAAAGAAGAGCUAGAACUCCUUUCUGUCCCCAUUCUGAACAGACUCCCAGGGGAAGUCACCAAUGCUCUGGGGACUCUGUCUCAGCUAAACUUCAGUCACGGCUUCGGUCCUCAUUUCUCUUGUGCCUCACUUCUCCACGGGCCAUUCUGGGCAAGCGGCCACCCCAGGCGCUCGUCAUCCUGGGCCGAGAACUGUCCCAGUGCCCCCCACACACCCCCUCACCUGUCGGCCGUUAUAGCACAUCCACACUAGAGUCAGGUAGGAAGUGAUCGAAGCAGAGGGCUCCCAGCAGGCCCGCCACGUUCUUUCUAAGCAGGAGAAGAAAACAAACACCCUGUUGACCCAGAGAUGUAAACUCCAGGAGGGAACCUACAGCUCCUCCCUGCCCUGGUGAGUAUGCCUCCGUUAAGGUUUAAUAUGCAUUCGAAUUACUUUUAUGAACUAGUACACCGGAAAGCUUUUGUUAUAUAUUAAAUGUAAACGGAAAGGAAUGUACGCAUAUGUCUUGUUAAUUAUAAAUAUAGAUACUAAUGACACAAUAGAGGAAAAAGUCUUAUUCAGAUGUAUCAUGUUUCGUUUUACGUUUUCCGCCUAGUGUCGCAUGGUAGACUAGGCUUCGUUUUCUUUUGGUCUCUUAAUAUGUGAAUAACUUGACUUGCGUUUAUCUUUUUACAUAUUUAAUAAAAAAAAGUAUACGUUAAAAUCA